ACAUCAACGCAAUGAGCAACUAGGUAUUUUCAAUGAAGAUAGGGACACCCAUUUGUUCCCCAUCAACCUUUAGCAAAGAAUCUAGAAUUAUAUCCUUUCUCUUUCAACAUCCAUAUUUAAAAACCCUCACCUCAGGCUUCUCAUGGAAACCCAAAAACAACUCACUUCUUUCUCUAACAUGGCAACCAUUCAAUCUUCACCAGCCAAUACUUCCUUCUCCAAGUACCUCCAGUCACUUUCACAAACCCCUCACAGGCUUAAGAGGAGAAUGCUAGCUACAUGGACCCCAGACCAGGAACUUAACCAAGUAAGGCAAAGGUCUGGUGCAGAUAUGAAGAGGAAACUCAAAUGGCAUGACUUGAUUGCUCUUGGUAUUGGAGGCAUGCUUGGUGCUGGUGUCUUUGUCACCACUGGCACUGUGGCUCGUGAUAACUCUGGCCCUGCAGUUUUCAUCUCUUAUAUUAUUGCUGGCAUAUCAGCUCUUCUUUCUUCUUUAUGUUACACUGAAUUUUCUGUCCAGAUUCCCGUUGCCGGGGGCGCCUUCAGUUACCUCAGUGUUACCUUUGGAGAAUUUGUAGGCUAUUUUGCUGGGGCAAACAUCCUGAUGGAGUAUGUACUAUCAAAUGCUGCGGUUGCAAGAAGUUUCACUGACUAUUUUUGCCGUGCUGUGGGGGAGAGUCAUCCAAACUCAUGGAGAGUUGAAGUGGAUGGACUAGUAAAGGGUUAUGAUAAGUUGGAUUUCAUAGCAGUUGCUCUUAUUCUUCUUCUCACUCUCUGUCUUUGCCAUAGUACUAAGGAAAGCUCAAUGUUGAACCUUAUUAUGACAGUCUUCCAUGUGAUUUUCUUUGGAUUUAUCAUAAUUGCUGGCAUCUGCAAUGGGAGUGCCAAGAACUUGGUUAAGCCAGGAGGGCUUGCUCCUUUUGGUGUCAAGGGUGUUGUUAAUGGAGCAGCUAUAGUAUACUUCAGUUUUAUCGGCUAUGAUUCGGUUUCAACGAUGGCAGAAGAGAUCCAAAACCCUUCAAGAAGUCUUCCUGUGGGCAUUAUGGGUUCUGUUCUCAUAGUCUGUGUGCUAUAUUGCCUCAUGGCCUUGUCUUUGUGUAUGCUGGUACCUUACAGUAAGAUACCCAAAGAAGCAUCCUUUUCUGAUGUUUUCCAAAUUACUGGGUGGAACUGGGCGAGCAAUGUGGUUGGGGCUGGAGCAAGUUUGGGAAUAGUUGCUUCUCUCCUGGUUGCCAUGUUAGGCCAAUCAAGGUACCUUUGUGUUAUUGGAAGGGCUCGGCUGGUGCCUUCUUGGUUGGCCAAAGUGCAUCCCUCCACAGGCACCCCAUUGAAUGCUACACUCUUCUUAGGGCUUUGCACGGCUUCAAUUGCACUCUUCACUGACCUCGACAUAGUUCUUCAGAUGAUCUCCAUCAGCACAUUAUUGGUAUUCUACCUAGUAGCCAAUGCUCUCAUCUACAGGCGAUAUGCGAUCAUUAGCCAAAACCCACCUUCACAUACCCUCUUGUACCUCUUCCUUCUCUCAUCUACUGCAAUUAGCUUCUCCAUUUCAUGGAAACUUGAAAAACAAAUAUGGGUUUCAUCUAUAUUUGGUGUAAUUAUGAUUGCCAUCACAGCUUUCUUUCAAAACAAGAUACCUUCCAUCAGCCAACCAAACGAAGAGUGGUCAGUGCCAUUCAUGCCAUGGCCAGCUGCAAUAUCAGUAUUCCUUAAUGUGUUUCUCAUGACCACAUUAAAGCUGCUGUCUUUUCAAAGGUUUGCUAUAUGGGCAUUUUUAAUUACUGUGUUUUAUGUGUUGUAUGGUGUACACUCAACUUAUGAAGCUGAAGAGAUGGAAGUGGGUGUUGAUGAAAUACAACACCCACAACUUCAGCAAAGUAAGCUAGAAAUUCAAGUGCUAUAAGGACCAAAGAAAAGGAAAAAGUUUACUCUGUCCUUUUGUCCUUCUGUAAUUAAUUAUCCUUUACUGCUUUUUCUAAAGCAUUUUACUUUCA